ACGCUAGGUCAAAAUUAUAGGAGCGCAUGUGGUUGCAAUCCGACCAACCGCAGAAACAGCCACGUGGCACGUGCAUCCCUCAAAUACAAAACCUUAAAAUCGAAAUCUUGGUUUCACAAUUCUCAUCAGAUCAAAAACAAAUCCAAUUCCAAAUCAGAGAAGAUUGCUUCUCUUUGUUUAUUGAUCGGAGAGAAAGAUGACGAGCAGCGUAGAAGACGACAAAAACAGAUCAGUGGUGACGGAUCAUCACCACCAGCAGCCUCCUCCUCCUCAGCCGUAUCAAGGCGUCUCUAACUAUCCACCUCCACCGCAGCAGCAGCCGCCGGCCGCCGGUUAUCCACAACCGGCUCAGCCUUACGUCUCCGGUUAUGCUGUUGCUGGAGGAAGGCAUGAAACAGAACACCAUCGUCUUCCUUGUUGUGGUAUAGGCAUUGGUUGGCUAUUAUUCAUCCUUGGUUUCUUCUUCGGUGCUAUCCCCUGGUACAUCGGAUUCUUCCUUUUACUAUUCUCUAAAAACCCGCGUGAGAAACCAGGAUAUGUGGCUUGCGCAAUUGGAGCUGUUAUCGCUACGAUUAUCAUCGUUUUUGGAGCAAUAAGAGGUUCAGGGGUCUGGUGAUUUAUAAAGUGAAGAUGUCACGCUUUUGAAUCCGGCUUGGACCGGUUAGGCCGUGGAGAUACUGUUGCAGAAGAAGAUUGUACAUGUGUGUUUACUUUCAGCAAUCAAUGUAUAUUUUGAAGAUUACAGAGUUCUUUGUAUGUUUUUACUUAAAAGUGUGUUCUUCUCAAAACUAUAGCAAUGUGUUUAUUACUGAAAAAAAAAAUAUAAGUAAAUGCAUUUCUCUGUUUUCGAUCCAUUAA